AUGGGGGCUACGAAGAAGGACCCUACAAGGCUGAAAGUGCGCGACCCGACUCGGGUGGGAGAAAACUUGACUGACCACGUCAAGGUGUGUGAGACAUGCCGUCGCAAGAAACAGGAACGCGAAUUCAACACAAAGUCCAGAUGCUCUAUGUGUAGGGAGCGUCGCCCCUCCGGCACGCGCAUUGAGGAGAGACACAGAGCCGAUAUGAGAAGGCGUGUGAUGAUUAACCGACUGGAAACCAACAUCGAACGAAUGGAGUCACGAUUACACGAUAUCGGGCUUAACCUGAUCGAGAGUAGGGCACCGGCUGCUCAAGUAUUUCGGUGCUCAAAUGUCCCUCUAUCAAGAUGUCCCGAGUAUGAAACAAGUCAUCCGGAUUUUACAAGCUGCCACCCUAGCGGAGGGCCAGACCCCAUAAGCACUACCACAAAUGCCGAUGCUAAUCCAGCCAUAGUAUUUUCAUGCAAACACGUAGAGGGUUGGCCGCCGUCUCUAGCAUCAUUUGUCAUUCCAGGAUCUAUGGUUGAUGUACCACUUGCAGGAGGCUUUUCAGCUAUUUCUAAGAAAGGGAUGGAGUGGAUUUCUCAGAAAGCCGGAAACAUAUCGUUGAAGCAUCUAUCGUCAUUAUUAUCGGUGGAAGAUCAUGACGAAUCUACAGCCAACUGUCCGCUUAGCAGUGCAUUCACUAGCCGAGUGUUCUGUUCUCUGCCGACGAGAGAGGAGAUUGUCUCCCUAGUACACGAUUACAUUGAAAACUUCAAUGUUCUGUUUCCAGUUUUCCAACGAUCCGAGCUGUUAGCACUCUUCAACCAAGAGAGCCUCGAUAUGAGCGUUCAAACACCAAGCCAAUGGGCCUGCAUAAAUGCCGUACUAGCAACGGCGCAUAUGCUGCGCCCCGAUGAUGGAAGGUCUGGAAAUGACGAUCAUCAGAAGAGCUGGCUGUUCAUCCAAAAUGCCCUGGAAGUUGUGAAUGAGAUUUGUCUGGGCCCACCGGACCUAUUGGCUCUCCAGGCACUUGUGAUGGUGGCUACCUUCAUUCUAGGGACAUCUACUGUUCAUCCCUGCGGUUUUCUGGUCUCCGCUGCUAUUCGCAUUUGUCACGAACUUGGCUUGGGAAAGACAGAAGAUGGCUCACCUUUGUGCCCGGAAGAAACGCAGCACAGGCAGACAGUAUUCUGGAUAGCUUAUUGGCUAGAUCGAGAAUUGUCCCUUCGGUUUGGCGAACCACCGGCGCAAAGCGAUGAAGACUUUAGUGCGACCCUACCGAUGGAGGCACCAAUUGAUAGCAAUUACACCAUGCAGACUAGCGAUCGAUCUGAGAGCUUCAAUGCAUUCAGGUCAACUUGCCAACUUGCCAUCAUCAAGGGUCAGCUUUAUAGGGAUCUUUACUCGCCCGGCGCAGAGGAUAGGCCAUUGAGCCAGGUCAUCGCUUCGGUCGGAAUCCUCGACGAGAAGCUCCAGGAGUGGAAACGAAGUAUUCCGCUCGAGUAUCAGCCAGAAAAAGCGAUAACUAAUUUCCGCCGUGCAAAGAUGUCUCCUGUGUUACUCUUACUACAUUAUUCGUACUUCCACUGCAUGAUUGCCAUCCACCGUCGUGUUGCCACGCGGGACCUAAUGACCGGAAUGGAUUUCGGGAAGAAUGACUUUACGAGCUCGCCCGCCUCUGUAUUGAAUCCAAGAGUACUGAUCUCUACAUCACUAUGCACCAAGGCCGCUAGGGCGUCGAUCAGCCUGACAAACUACUUGUCACAAGAGAGUAUACCUUUCUUCGGAUCUUUGCUCUACUAUCCAGUCGUUUCAUCCAUGACACUUUCCUGGAGUAUCAUUCGCGACCCUCAAGAUGCUUAUCGAGGAUACAAUUUGAAACUCAUCGAGCAGACGGCGGAGUUUCUGUCCUCGCAAGCUUUCUGCAAAUCCUUCGAGGGCAUCCGGCGCCUUGUGAAGAAGUGUGCUGAAUAUCGUUCCAUUGCGGAAGCCGUGGUGAAGACAGCACUGUCAGCGCGAUCUGAUACAGAUACCUGA